GAAGAGACACAAAGGAGGAGAGGUGAGGGAGGGAGGGAGAUGGCAAUGGGGAAGGAAUCAGGUAUUAGGAGGUGUUCACACUGUGGAAACAAUGGACAUAACUCAAGAACAUGCAAUGUGAUCAAGGAGAAGGUUGGGAUGAAACUUUUUGGUGUAAGGAUUUUGAAAAAAGAGGAUGAAGCUAUGAAGAAAAGCUUGAGCAUGGAGAGUUUGCAUAGUACAUGCACAGCUGAUCUAAGCUCCUCUGAUCCUGGGUAUCUCUCAGAUGAGACUCUUCAUCCUACAAGAAGAACCACCACCACAUAUCAAAGGAAAAAGGGGAUGCCAUGGACAGAAGAAGAACACCGAAUGUUCCUUUCAGGAUUAGAGAAACUUGGGAAAGGUGACUGGAGAGGAAUUUCUAAGAACUAUGUGAGCACAAGGACACCAACCCAGGUGGCCAGCCAUGCUCAGAAGUAUUUUCUAAGGCAGGUUUUAUCUAAUAAGAAGAAACGUAGAUCAAGUCUUUUUGAUGUAGCCAUUAAAAACCCAGCUGGUCAAGGAUUAAAAUCUCCACCAAUCAGCUCUAUAUCUGCUACUGCUGGUGCUCCCUAUCUCAACAGGAUCCCAUAUAUGGUAGGAGGAUUUGGUGGCAUGAGAAUGAACCAUCCAGCAGUUAAAAUUGUUCCAACUGUAUCUUACAUCCCUGUGAUGGACUAUCCCAACCAAGGCUGCAUGUACUUACCUAAAGGCCACAACAACCUUUCCACUUGUGCACCCAAUGCAUCCCAAAUGCCAAUCAACUCAUCACCUCAACUCCAACAAUGUGUAUCUCAGGCAGACUCUGGGGCUUCAACUACUGUGAACACUAAUCUAGGUUUGAUUAUGGCGCCAUCUCAACCGCCUGACUGGCCCAAGUUGUCAUCUCAGACAUCUAAUUUCAAUGGAGCUCUUAGGUAGAGUGGUUUGAGUUCUAUUUGAGUAGAUGAAGUAGCUUCCUUUCUCUUCUCACCUUUUCAAUUGAGAAGUUUAGAUAAUGAAAUUCCCAUCCAGCUCUCCCUAAGAAGAUGAAAAAUUGGGAUUGGGGGUGGGGGUGGGGAGAAAAAGAAAGAUAUUCUCUUUCAGCUCUCCUUAAGAAGAUGAAAAAUGAAAGAUUCUAUUUCUUUUAAGUUUAGAGACUUUUCAGUUUUCUUGUAUAAUUUCCUGUAUCUGAGAAAUUCUAAAUUUUUCUUCUCUAUAGGUGCAGAAAGGAUAGUUUGGAGAAUAAUUUAGAGCCUGGAUCUUGUAUAUUUCAAAUAAAACCUUUGCAAAUAAACUGGAUACUAGGGGUUAAUUGCUGCAA